AUGAACUGGUUCCUCAUCGUGGUGGUUAUAGUCGUGACGAUAUUAGUCGCCAUCGCAAACUUAUACGUGCUGAUUAAUUUUCAACACCCGGAAGACAGGAACCAAGCGUGGUUUCCGAAAAUAAUCGUCAUCAGUGGAUUAACGAUAGCCUCGGGGGCGAUAUUAUUGCUCCCGUUAGAUGUAGCGAAUAGGGCGUCGUGCGACGCGAGCGUAUCUUUGUCGGCGUGCGAAACGACGUUACCGAUGGACGAGAUUUGGUAUUCGAUAUAUAUCAUCACGUUAGUGUACGUGGCGAUUUUAAUUCCGUUCACCACGUUCUGGUACGAGUCAGAUUUUGAUGCCACGCUUUCGCAAAAGCUGUACAACAGUUUAUUUUGGGUCGUCAUGUCUGCCAUAUUCGUCUCGUUGGUGUUGUUUUUGUGUUGGUAUUACACGGGAUACGCGGAUUUCUCAAUCACGUCUGUAAAGAGUGGGAUGAUGUUGCUCUCGCAAUUCGAUACAUUGCAAGGAGUGCACUCGUGUAUUCGGGCUAAUCCAUACCCGGAUGGGAGUAACACGUAUUCACCGACGGACUUUUCGGGCGGGACGAGUUCCCCCUCUUUAAGCGGGGACGCGUGCGACUCGGGAAGUUCCGAAGCCAUCACGAAAUCGUGGACUUUAGACGUUUCGUUUCCAGCGUACGUUGCUGCGUUGACAUCUUUCGUCGGAUGGUUCUUAUUCGCUCCGUAUGCGGGAAUAGGCAUGGCUGCAAACCCAAUCGAUGCGGUGACGCGAUUCAUCCAACGACCGAGGAAAACCAUCGGUAAAUCCGAAUACGAUCGAAGCGCUCAACAAAUCGCAAUAAAGACGUUAGAAAUUCACGAAAAGGUCAAAGCAGUACGAAACGAAGAAAGAAGUAACGGUAGAAGUCGAAAGAUCCGAAGCGAGUUGAAGAAUUUAAGCAUGGAGUUGGAAGAUAUAGAAGACGAGGAGAGAGAGUUGCAAAAGCUCUACCCGAGAGGCGAAAACAGGGCGACGUCGUGGACCUUCACCGUCUGGGGGUACUGGUGGUCCUUAUUCUACGGUAUCUUAGCCUUUAUUCUCUCCAUAACGUGGAUAUUGCACGUCGGGUUAUACAUCUUAGCAAAAAACCCGGUGCAUCCGUUUUUGAACUCGAUGUUUGAGGCUCUGGAUAGCGUCUUCAACUUGUUCGGCACGGCGAUGUUUGCCAUAUAUUGCUUCUACUUAAUCUCCUGCGUGGUGAAAGGCAACGAGAAGCUCGGUUUAAAGUUCUUAUUCGUUUUUAAUGCGUACAGAAUGAAACUCGGCGCGACAACAAUGACGGGUUUGCUCUUCAAUACCGGCUUAAUCAUGCUCUGUUCUAUGGCGGUGGCCCAAUUCUGUUCACGAGCGUUUGCGAGUUACGCCAAAGAUACCUCCGCGAUUAAAAUGCUCUCGGUCAACGCCGACCACUUACAAAACAUCGGAGUUAUGUUUCGCAAGGACGUCUUCCCGGCCAUUUUUGUCGCCUUCAGCUGCGCCAGCAUGGUGUUUUACUUCGUUUUUAAAGGCUACUUUGGCUGGUUCACGAAACAAACUUUAGGUCGAUUGAACAAAGCGGAGCUGAAACGAAGAGGACAACGGAUACAGGCUGCCAUGGGUAGGUUGAAAAUACGAAGGAAAGAUGGUGAGAGGAGUAUUCCUGGUACUAGCGGUAGCGCAUAA